AUGAACAUCCCCGACACCACGCCCACGCCAUCGCCCUUCCUGCAAUCCUUCAUCUCCCGCACGCUCCGCGUCACAACCACCGACACCCGGGUGUUCCUCGGUGAGCUGAAGUGUACUGAUAAAGAUAAGAACUUGAUCCUCUCGUCGACACAUGAGUACCGCUAUCCGAGCGCGCGGGAUGUGAGUGCCGCUGCGACAGCAGCAGCGGCGGCAGAGAAGGCGGCGGGGGAGGGUGGGGAGGAGAAGGAGGGCGGGGAGGGGAGGGGGAGGGGGAGGAGGGGAAGGAGGGGGGGAAAAGGUGAAGCUGGAUCUGAAGAGCAGGUAUAUUGGGCUUGUGGUGGUGCCGGGGGAGCAUGUGGUUAA